AUGGAGCAACCAAAAGUCAAGUGGCGUAUGAUGAGGAAAGUCUUCACUGUAAAAGAGUUUCCGGUGGAAAAGUGCUGGAAAUAUCAGGACAGCUUUUUACGAAAGUUAAUAGCAAAAACAAGCACACAGAGUGAAAAAGAUGAUGCAUCAUCAUCACAGCGUCACAUGCUUCAAACUCGUCAAGCAGAUAUAUCAGGCUUAUUUAUUCGGAGUUACUCACGUUCAGUAUCAUUGGCGCUCUGUAUCAGCGUGCUGUUUUCUUCAUCGUUUCUGCCAAAAGCUGAUGAUGAUGAGAAUGCUGCUGUUGUUGACAGUGAUGAAGAUGAUAAUGAUGAUAGUGAUGUUUUUUGGUGA